GCCUCAAAGCAGCCUACAUUUCAUCAGCCGCUGAGGAGGAAAGCCAGCACGGUAGUCUAGGGUGCUUUAUAAGCAACGGUUAAACGAUUCUACUAACUUUAAAGUGUCGUGUUGUUGGCUGGGUAACGUUAGAGGUUUGUUUGUAAACAGUAGGCUGGCCGGUGAGCUAGCAACGGUUUUUGUGUUUUAUUCUAGUUGAAAGAGCCGAAGAGGCCACGAUGGAGUUUUAAGGCAAUAAUGCGGUAACUGCACGGCAUCGGCAUGCACCAGGCAAAGAAAAGCGAUUUGCGGGACUUUACCAUCACAACUGCCAAGCAGUUGGGCUCUGAUACCGUCCGCGGUAUAGCCGUGAGCCAACCGAUACCUCUCCUACUUGACAGGAGGAAGCUAACGCUAGCAAGUUAGCCUGUGGGCCCAUUCAUUUAGCGCAAACAAGCUGUUACAUCAAAGCGUACACUACUACCCUUACUAUCCUCAUACCAUCCUGUAAAGAUGAAACCUCAAGACAUCAUCGCUGGAAAAUCCAGUCUGUGGAUCUUCGGGUACGGAUCGCUGGUUUGGAAACCUGACUUCAAGUUCAAGAGGAGCAAGGUCGGUUACAUUAAAGGGUACAAGAGACGUUUCUGGCACGGGGAUAAUUUUCAUCGUGGAGAUGAUGAAAUGCCCGGAAGAGUGGUGACGCUCAUCGAGGAGGAUGACGCGUGCACCUGGGGUGUUGCCUUCGAAGUGACUGGAUCUCAGGUUGAGGAGUCUCUGAAGUACCUGAACGUGAGGGAGGCGGUGAGAGGCGGCUACCUGACCCGGUUCGUAGAGUUCAUCCCGCAGGGCAUGAACCAGUCGCCGGUCCAGGCUCUGGUUUACAUCGCCACGCCAGACAACCCUAUGUACCUGGGGCCCGCCUGCACAGAGAAAAUCGCCGCUCAGAUCGCCGUGUGCAAGGGGAAGUCGGGCCACAACAUCGAGUACCUGCUUCGCCUGGCGGAGUUCAUGAGAGUCAGCUGCCCUGAUGUGGAAGACCCUCACCUGUUCUCCAUCGAGGCAGCUGUUCUCGCCACCAUUAGACCCAUGUUGUUAGCAGGCUAGACAUCUUCUGUAAAACAUUAAAUUAAGGUCCAUAAUUUAGUCCAUACACCAUUAAGGUCCUAACAUACAGUUAAUGUUGCCGUCCUUGAUUGUGAUUUAGUGGCUAUUUGAAUAUUAUAUUCUCCCUAUACCAAGCUAUUAAAACUUACUGUAGUACAGUAAAGGUACUGUAUUAAGGGAAAUGGUAUUUUAGGUAAAUGUUGUGAUUCUGUAGCAUGACAUCAUGCAUACUGUCAGUUCUCAUUGUCUUGUGUUUUUAACUCAAGUAUAUGGUGCUGUAGUACAAAGGCAUGCUUGUGUGACAAUGUAUUGCCAAAGUUUGUCCGGUUCUAAAGCUGUUACAUUUUUGUUUUGAAUAUGAAACAUUAAUACACUUCCAUUUUCAUUUGCACUGCAGCAGAAUACUGUAAAGCCAGUACAGCUGUUUUCCUUUUUGCACAUUAAAACUUUCAGAAAAACUGUAA